AUGAAGACAGUCAUUUGGGUCUCGUUCUUCGGUGUCGGUGCGCUUGCGCAUCCGUCAGGUCUCUGGUGGGGUACCGACCAGUGCUUCCCAAGCCCGGAAAACACUGACAAUCAGUGCUUGGAGCCUCAGAAGAGCGGUUUUGACUGGUCCGACCUGGCCAACGGAGACAACUGGAGCUACGAAGGGUUCAACUUCGUGGGCUUCACCCCCAACAACGCCUGUGGAGAUGCAGGAGGCAAGUGCAUUCAGGCAAAGCUUUCUCGCGAUGAUAACUAUGCUAUCAAAGUGGAAGCGACACAGGCGCCAUUCUCCGUCAGCAACCUCCAUCUCACCACUUCGCGAGACACACCGGUCAUCAUGAACUAUCAGAUGGCAGACGGCUCCACCUGUCGCCAACUGGCUUGGGGUUCAACGAGUGGAACUGAUGUGACCAACGAACAAUGUGGAAGUGCCGUCGCCGUCGAGUUUACUCUUCCUGAGGAUAGCAAGUUUGGUGAAUGUGAUAUGAGCAUCCAUCGCAUGGACUUUGAUUGCUCACCCGGGCCAAAGCCACCAACGGAGAUUCCUCCCCAUUCAUCGCAUACCCAUGUUGAGUCGAGCACCAAUCCUCCUGUGUCUUCUACAGUGUGGACCUAUCCGACAACUACGCCUCCAGCGCCCACGGAGACCACUCCAGUGUCGACUGAUUGGACCACUUCUACUGUCUGGACCACCGAGGAGAUCACGAUUACUUCUUGCGCACCUACGGUCACCAACUGCCCAUCUCACUCUACCACCGUGGUUACUUCCACAUACGUUGCCUCGACGACCGUGUGCCCUCCUCGGCCAACCGAUCAGACUACCGAAGUCUAUCCAAGCCCGCCUGCUGAAACUGAGACCAGGUCUGCCAGCCCUCCCGUUCCCGAGACGUCAAUUGUCCCUGCUCCUUGCCCCGAGUUGGUUCCCAAGUGCUUGAACACCUGGCUCUCAGUCCCGAAGUGCGAUUCCAACAGUGAUGCCGCCUGCUUCUGCCCCUCUUCCGAGUUCACCGAGAAGGUGACGACCUGCAUUCACUCUUGGGGCAGAUCCGAGAAGGAAGUCGAUUCGUCCCUUUCCUAUCUUGCUGGUAUCUGCGCGCCUUAUGUCCCCAAGAACCCAGAGAUCAUCGAUAUCGUACCGCCUAGCCGCACUACCCCGGCCGAGGUUCCCGAGGCUCCGCAUAACACUUUCACGGCCCCAGGCCCUGGCAUCACAGCGCCAUCUGAGGAUGUUCCUCCUGAGGUUACCCAAGCUCCCACAGCGCGAAAGACCCCUUGCACCACCAUGACUUGGUCUUCGCGUACAGUGACCGCCCCUCUAGUCGAGUUCAGCACUAUUUCCGUUGGCACCAGCUCUACAGUUGCCUUGGUGCCUGGUACCCAGACCGACUCCCACCCGAAGACAACCCAUCGCACCUGUUCUACUACGACGACUUCUACUUCAUCGUUCACUACUUCCACUAGCUCCAAGACCACCACCUGCAUUACCCAUGCUCACAAACCCACGGCGACCAUUCCUCUUUCUAACGGCGGAUCAAGGGUAUCGUUCCCCAGCAUGUGGGCCUUUGGUGUGGUCUUUGCUGUUAUGUGGCUUAAGUAG